UUCAAGUGACCGAGCGCGUUUCGAGCGGUGACUUUCACCCAAUUGAUCUCCGUUUCUAUUCCUUCUUCGAUUGCGACCAGCGAAGAAAUAAUCAUAGGAUUGCAUCCUUAAUCUACUGAUAAAAAUCAGCUUUAUCUUGCAGUAUCAGUUGGAUAUAAUCAUCACAUCUUAAAGCAAUGGAAUUAGAAACAGCCGAUGAUAGUGAAUUUACUCUUAAAGAAACCUGCAUACUUGGGCCAAUAGAUCCAAAAAGAGCUCGGUUUCCUUGUUGCAUAGUGUGGACGCCAUUGCCUUUGUUAUCUUGGUUUAUACCUUUUAUUGGGCACAUCGGCAUAUGCAGGGAAGAUGGAGUGAUAUUAGACUUUGCUGGGCCCAACUUUGUGUGCGUGGAUCACUUCACAUUUGGAGCAGUGGUCCGGUACAUACAAUUAAACAGGGAAGAGUGCCAAUUAUUAUUUUCAAGUUCAUAUCAAAUUACAACCAGUGACCACUACAUCAAAAAUCAACAAGAUAGAAUUAUGAGUUGGGAUGAUGCACUCAGAAAGAGCACACAAGAAUUUCAGCACAGAGCUUACAAUUUCUUUACCUGCAAUUGUCACUCAUUUGUGGCCAAUAACCUGAACAGAUUGUCAUAUGGUGGACUAAAAGAGUGGAAUGUUGUGAACUUGGCAGUGUGGCUGUUCCUUAAGGGCAAUUGGGUGAACAAAACAGCUAUAGUGAAAUCAUUUUUGCCGUUUAUUGUUGUUUUCAGCAUCGGCCUUUUAUUUGGGGGCCUGGGUUUCUUGAUAUACUUGGCUGCUUUCACAAGUAUCCUUGUCAGUUGGUUUGUCAUCGGUAGCUAUUGUUGUUGCAAUCUUAUCCAACUGUAAACUAAUCGUGUUCUGCCGCUGAUGUUGUGCACCUUUUUAUCAUCUCAGCUUUUAUUUUAGCUGCCUUUUUGUCUGUCAAUUGAGAUGAUGAUGAUAGAGUGCUUGUUUGCCAUCCAUGAAUGUGCUGGUCAUUUACGAAUAGACUAAACGUGUAUGUUUCCGAAUUAAUUUCUUCAGUAACUUGAUUGAUGAAUGAAAUGAACAUGGGCAUCAAUAUUGUAUUA